AUGGUCAUGCAUCCCCCGCAGACCUUGGAAGAAGCCCUCGACGCUUCGGAUAAAUUCAUCCGAGCCGAGGAAUGGAACAAGGCAAAGCUGCAAUCUCAGUCAGGGCUUGCGAAGCCAAGAGAAGUUCCAGGGUCAAGGAAAGGGAAGGCAAAAGCCUCAGAACCUCCCUUGAUCGUAGAGCGGAAGAAGGAUAAGACUCCCUAUUUGGGAAAAUUUGAAUCUGACACUCCUCUCACCUUACCACGUACUAAGAUCUUUAGUGCGACGAGGGAAGAGGGAAGAUGCAGAAAGCCGAAGCCACCUCCCUCUUGGCAUCAAAAGAAAGGGAAGGACCAUUGGUGCGAGUUCCAUGAAUCUUGUGGACACCGCACCGAGGACUGCCUUCAGCUGAAGGACCAGAUCGAAGAGCUGGUCCAAAAAGGAUAUUUAAAGAAAGAUGUCGCGGAACGCCGCGAAGAAAAGAAAGCUAAGAAAGAUUCUCGGCAAGAGCUGGACUAUCACCAGAAAAGGGAUAGACCUCCCGAAGGAGGGAAUCAUGAUAUCCUGACCAUUUCCGGUGGCAUAUCUCGGAACGCUCUGAAGCGCCAUCUGAGGGGUCUCACCCAUCAGAUUCAUCAUGCCGAGUUCAAGAAACCGCAGUCUCCGGUGCCGAACAUGAUGUUCACAUCCGAAGACUGCAGGGGGGUGGUGUAUCCCCAUGAUGACCCCCUGGUUAUCAUGACAAGCAUUGCAAACCACAACGUCUAUCGGACACUGGUAGACGGUGGCAGUGGGGCGAAUAUACUUUUCCGAAAGGCAUUCGACCACCUGAAGUUGGAGAGCAAGCAUUUGACUCCAGUUCCUUAUCCGGUCACUAGAUUUAACGGCUCUUCUUCAUAUCCAGAUGGGAAAAUUCUUCUUCCCGUCAGCCUCGGCCAAGAUCGGGCAAGACGAAGCAUCAUGGCCGAAUUCUUGGUCAUCGAUGCCCCAUCAGUGUACAAUGUCAUUAUGGGGAGACCCCUCAUCCAUGAUGUUCAAGGAGUCGUCUCGACAUAUCAUCAAGCCAUGAUCUAUGUUUUAGACGAGGGACGUUCCGAAAAAAUAUUGGGCAGCCAAAGAGAGGCCCGAGAAUGUAACUUCCUCAAGCCAUCCAAGAGUCGUUGA